GUCGAUUUAUCAAGGAACGAUAUUGGUAAUAAUUUUCUGGAAGUCGUCGAGUUUGUCGCUUGCCACCAGCGACAACGAACGGCUCAUUGUCGUCGUCGUCGUCGUCGUCGUCGUCGCCGCCGUCACCAAAUUGACCUGCUGUCCAUUCCGAAGCCGGUCUUCGCAGCGUACAUGCCCUAGUCCGUCACGGCUAGUUCAACGUUCGGAACGUUCAUCAAGCAACUACUAGUAACACCUGUCACCUGGCUUGGCGAUGAUAAGCCCGCGCACAUCAAGGUCAUCGAUGUCGAGCAAUAUUAAUCCAAUCCCAACCAUGCGCCGUACAUCUGAAAGCAGCGCGCAUCCUUCUUCAGCAUCACUCUCAACACCAACCACCCCAUCAAGCAUUCCAUCCUUCCGCGCUAUCCGUAAUCUUCUCCCAUUUGGACACAGCAAACCAUCCUCGCCAGCUCAGACACCAUCACAAACGAAACAUCCAUUCCAUUUUGCCUCUCUACGUCGCUCCAGCGACCGCAAGGCUUCCAUAUCUUCUAUCCGUGACCGUCAACGUGAACAUGACAAUCCCCCUGUCAUAUCUAUUUCCCGCAUUGACGCUGAAGAAUUUGGUGUUCAAAAGAAGAGCUACGAUCUUACCCGCGCUGCCUCUGCCUCUGACAGUCGCCUCCCCUCUCUCUCUACCCCUUCCCAACCCCCUACUUUACUUGUUGACGAGCUGUACGCUCCCCUACAGCCUUGCCCUGCUGACCUCAGCACUAUCAUCGAAGCAGACAACUCAGGCAUCUCGAGAUACAUCCCCUCGCCGAGUCCCUCCCCCCCUACUUCGCCACAGCCUUUCUUUCCCUCCAAAGUUACCUGCCUUUCAAACUCGUUCUUCCCACCGCCAUCUCAGGCCACCCCAGAAGACCCCUCUGCCUCCCCAAAAGACUCGUUCCCCCCUACUGCGAUAUACUCCCAAACCUCUCGUGAUCCCUCCCCCAGCGCCUCCAAUCUCGAUCUCGAUAUCUCCAAAUUAUCCGCCGAGCUCCACGAUGCGCUAUCACCAACUAAUGCCGACGGUUGGUUAAGUGCUGUUGUGGUCGAAGACGCAGACGUGGCGCAGCCACCAUUCCCACCUCGGGGAAACGGAUCCGACGACAGGGAUACAAAUUCAUGUCUCCCUCGAGUCCCAGACCCAGAUGCAACCUUUGACUUCAGCGCGCUCGAUCCCGACCUUGCCGAGUUACUCAGCCCGCAUCGAGCGUCCAGUAAGGACAAGGGGGACUCAGCGACGGAACAACUGUGGGACAAAUCAGUGUCAAGCGGUUUGAGUAGUGCGCCAUAUGUGGGAGGUUCAAUCCCUCAAACGCCUGCUCCUCGAGUACACUGCGCGCCUUCAGCUGAACAAUCUACUACGCCUUUGUCACUCCGAUCCUCUUCCAUUGAACCGCUGUCACGAGAGCCGAUAACGCCUUUAUCUCCGAGCAUACGAUCAGCAGCAGUACCCAAGCCCACCACCUCAUUGCUCCCCCUUUCUCGUCCCUCUCUAACAGUGCGUCGUCCGCCGUCACAUUUACCCAGACUCAUGCGGAGCGUCACCUCCGCCUCUCCUUCAAUAAUUGCAUGCACGCCAGGGACAUCUGUAGAAACAGCCCCGAAAAUGCAGAGGCGUCAGCCUCCAUCUCCCUUAUCGGCUGGGCAGGUCACGGCAGAUACGGCGACGCGAUCGUCGUCGGAUACUGUGGGAUUGAGGGCGUCUUCACACACUGGUGUGCCUCGUCCAUCAGUAGAGGCCAACAUAACGCCUCGCUCUUCUUCUGAUGCUGGGAUAAGUGCUCGCGCUGGAUCGCGGAAUCGGCACCCAACGCUGCAGGGACAUGUAUCAAAUGUUGAUGUUGUGCCUAUCAGAGGGGCGACGCCUUCCGUGCCCUGUAUUACUACCACCCUUGUACCAACUUUUACUGUGCCUUCAUCUGUCAGUCCCAGCGCGUCCACCACAACACUCACUUCCUCUCCCUCCGCUACCGCGGCCAGCGCAAACCCAGGGACUCCCACGUCUAGUUCUCCCCCGACCACAAGUACUCCCCAUGACUCUACUCACAUCCGCCGCCGCCAUCACCCCCACCUCUUUUUCAGUCGGAAGAGAAGCUUAAGUGUCGAUGAGCCCUCGUCCCUGUCUACACAUACAGAACGACCAGGAUCAAGCGCGAGCAAUCGCCGACAUGGGAUGGGGAGGUUUGGGCUUGGCCUAAGGAAUGGAGUUGGAGUUGGAAGUAGAGUGAACCUCACUCCCGGAGAAAAUAGGCUUGUGUCCUCCCCGCUUACGCGCAGCACGGUGACGUCAGGACCGCAAACCAUGGAAUGGCUCGGUCCGAGGACUGUCAAAGCAUUUGCUGCUGCUGGGUUGUUUGACGGGGAACGAGAGGAAUCUGGUGCCAGGUUUGAACGAGAGAGGGCAGGGUCUGUCAAUCGACUCGAGCAGGAGCGAGAAGGCGCGAGUUCAGCGCUGAGUCGAUACGACCGCGACCGAGAAGGUGCUACUUCGGUGAUGAGUCGGUUCGAUCGUGAUCGUGACCGUUAUGACAGAGAUCGCGACUAUUCGACGAUCCAUCGUUAUGCCUCCUUGCGGGACCACGCCCCAUCGCGUGCGGCAUUCUCAGAGGCUGCGAGCACAUCUUCGUUUGGUACGAGGAGCGCAUGUACGGCUACGGGAUGGAGCCCAACGUUUUCCAGUGCCCCUAGGACUGCGUUUUCGGGCAGUACAGCCCCUACGAGCGUGAGCAGCGGUGUUGGAUCCGGCAUUGGGGCUGGGGCUGGCCUCGUUAAUCCCUUAGGAGUCAACGGUACAGGUCCUAAUGGGGUCCUCCGAACACUUCAAGAAAAACACUGUGCCGAGACCUCCGCACUCCUCAGUGCCCUCGCAGACUCCCAGGAAGCGUGCAGGAAGCUGAGGGAGGAGAAUGGAGUGUUGAGGGAAAGAUUGAGGGUGCUAGAAGCGAUGGUGGAUACGGAUAGAGAAGACGUGGGCUUGGGGAGGAGUGUUGGCUUUGGCGUGCUUGACCGGGACGAGGAAGAUGCGUCCGACAAAACACAUCGCUUCGAUCAAGACUUUGAGCGUUUUCCCCGCAACCACCUUGCUUCUCUCCAUGUCUCCCCCUCACACCAAGCACGAACACUCACCCCCGUCCCUCGUAGGCCGCACCUCGAACGUUCGCGCUCGCAUCUCCCACAGCAUGCCAGACAUCAUAGUGUAUCGGCUAAGGCAUCCUUCGAUUUCACAUUCCAGCGUUCCCCCUCACCGUUGCGGUCUACGCAGUAUAUGCCUCCUUCCCCCCAGAAGAGACAGCCCCAACCUUCAUCUUCGUUGUCCAUCCAGCCUCCUCCCUCUCCGCAGAAAAAACAAGUACAGAAACAGAGACGUGCAAGUACAUCCUCGAGCUUGUUCCCCGCUCCACCACCUGAAAUGUCGAUGUUGAUGCUAGAGGACGUGGGGCUAUCCGCUGCGGUGAGCGAGUCUCCUCCUUCUCCUGGUGGGCCCUACUCUCUUGGUAAAAAACUGGGGCACAAACAUUCGUAUUCGCAUUCCAUGAUCCCUCGUUCGCAUUCCUUCUAUGCCUCCCACCAGUCCCACUCAAAUCAAUCUGUAACAUUCACCUCCUUUGCCUCGACGGGCACAGCAGCCCCGAGCCCAAGCACUGCGACGUUCUCGGUGACAGAAGCUCCUGGCUCCCCACAUAGUCUGAAAUUGCGCCCCGAGCAUGAGCUGCACCUUGGGGAUAUGGCGAGUUUGAGUCUAUAUGCUAUGAGCGAUGGCGAGGGGGAGGAUGAGGAGGGUGGGUGGAAGGAUGAUGUAUGAAUUAUGUUUUUUGUCGGCGACCUGUGAGGUGCAGUCGCCUCCUGAUAUUAUGCUCCGUAUGCGCUAUGCACUAGGCUCUUCGUCAUUCGUUUGUCCAUAGCCCGUCUUUCAUUUUGUCUUCACACUUUUCUUGCUUUCAUCUCCUAUUCUCUGUUCGUCUUUCUGCAUUUGCCCCCGCUGUCGUGUAUUGCUGGUUAGAUCCUACAUAUCCCGAUAUUUCAUUGUAGAAUAUACCCAGGUUAUAAUAAUUGUAUAUAGAUAUCCUUCAUCACUUGAUAAUCAAACGGCCUGUUGAACUCGUCGCCUUCAGGCAUAAAA